AAAAAAAUGAAUUCCGUGCCCCCCAAAAUGAACUGAGGCCCCUUUUUUUUUGGGGGGGGGGGGUGCCUGGCACUGAAUGGCCCCCCCGUUGAGAUGCUGCCCCCCCGCUGAUCCGCCAUCGCUCGGUUUGGGGGGGAUCCCACCAUGGGGGACGCGGACGAGAGACUGCUUUGGGGGACGGACGGCGAGGACGGACGGCAGACGCCUCCCGGACAACUGGGAAUCGCCCGGGGGGGGGACGACGAGGAAGAGGUGGCUGUUUUGGGGGGGGGUUGCGAUGGCGAAGAGCCCCCGACCCCCCCAAAAGCGGUAGGAGAGGAGGAAGAGGAGGAGGAAGAAGAGUUGGACCCCAGGAUACAGGAGGAGUUGGAGCACCUCAACGAGGCCAACGAGGAGAUCAACCGUGUGGAGCUCCAGCUGGAUGAAGCUCGCACCGCCUAUCGCCGCAUCCUCUCCGAGUCGGCGCGGAAACUCAACGCUGAAGGCUCGCAGUUGGGCAACUGCAUCGAGAAAGCUCGCCCUUACUACGAAGCCCGACGUCUCGCCAAGGAGGCCCAACAGGAGACGCAGAAAGCGGCUCUUCGUUACGAACGAGCCGUUAGUAUGCACAACGCCGCCCGCGAGAUGGUUUUUGUGGCCGAGCAAGGUGUCAUGGCCGACAAGAACCGCUUGGAUCCCACCUGGCAGGAGAUGCUCAACCACGCGACUUGGAAAGUGAACGAAGCGGAAGAAGAGCGACUGCGGAGCGAACGGGAGCACCAGAGGGUCACCCAGUUGUGUCAGCAGGCAGAAGCCAAGGUCCAGGCCCUCCAGAAGUCCCUCAAGCGCGUCAUCGUGAAGAGCAAACCUUAUUUUGAGCUGAAAGCUCAGUUCAACCACAUCCUGGAGGAGCACAAAGCGAAGGUGACGGCGUUGGAGCGAUCGGUAUCUCAAGCCAAGACUCGUUAUUCCGUCGCCCUCCGGAAUUUGGAGCAAAUCAGCGAACAGAUCCACGCGAGACGUCUCCAACGCCUCAUCCUUCGCAGAGCUUCUCCGGUUGGAGCCGAAGCCCCUCCUCAAGAUGCCGUCAACGAGGUGGGGGUGACACGAGGGACCCAUUUAGGGACCGACAAUCCCCCGAGCGACACUCUUUCCGUUCUCAGCCUUCAAACCAUCGCUUCCGACCUCCAGAAGUUCGAUUCCGUUGAACACUUGGUGGGUUUGUCCGAUGCCACGAGCCUCAACAACGAUGAGUUGGAGGACCAGGAGCACCGCCGAGGUGGGCCGGGACGCUUCAAACACCACCGAAGCAUCAGCCUUUAGGGCCAAACUCCGUUGUGGCUUCUCCCAAUCCUGAGGGAACCCCAGAAGUCAACACGGGAGCGUCGCCGUUGUCUCCCGUGGUGGGAAGGAGAUGAUGGAGAAGCUCUUUGGUGGCCGCGGUGAUGCCAUCGGGCGAGAAUUCACCCUUCUGGGUUCGGUGGGAGCCGCGUCCCACGUUCCUGAGGUCACCGCUGCGCCGUCGGGCGAGCGGAGAGGUGGGCGAAGCUGCUAACGAAGCCGCUCGCUCCCAGCAGGCCUCACAUGCUCCGAGGGGAGCUCGAAGAGGGGUCACGACUCGCUCUUCUCCUCCUUUCACCCCAACCCUUCCCAAAAUUCCAUGAUUUGGGUUAAGUUUUCUGCUUUUCAAGCAAAAAUAAAAGAGGUGGCGCUGGAGGACGGGAGGUUCCUCGGCGCCCAUUUGAGCUUCCGGGGUGGGAAUUGCGGCCACGUCGGGGCUGGGAUGAGAACCGGCACGGUUCGAGGCAGCCCCGGCACCGUUCCCGGUGGGUUUUCCGGUGAGUAAAGUUGAUUUUUUUUCCCUGUUUGUGGAGUUUGGAGUUGCUCAGUUCCACCUCAAAUGGCUCUCGAUGGUCUCAACGGUUGGAAUCCUUCAACACGUUGGGAAUCGUCACCGCCUCCCGGUUGGGAUUAUCCUUCCCGAGGGGUUAAAAAACCCUCCGGAGAUUAAAUCCUUGAAAUAUAAAAACCCCCAAACCUCAAAUAUCAUCAAUCUAAAUAAAAAAUAGCUCUUAUUAGUAA